ACAUCUGUUUACUGUACGUACCUAAAUUAUUAAAUGAAAUUAAAGCCGGAACAAUGUCCGAGCCUGUUAAAAAGGUAAACAAUCCUCUGUUUAAUGCUGCAGUGACAGGAGGCACUGUCGAUGAUUUUACGCAAAAUGCGCUGCUAUUGCCAGCUCAAGUAAAACCACCACCGCCUGUCAUAGAUCUGUCAACAGAUCAAGUAUUGAAUCAGCAACCAUUAUUCGACACAUCGGUUCCACAAUUUGAAAGUUUUACCAAUCAAGUUGAAACACCUUCAGCCAGCCAUCAUUUCCAACAACCACCACCACCUACUGUCACUACUGUUGAGCCUACACAACAGUUUAAUUCAGAACAAACCACCCAAAACUUCUCUUCCGUCUUUUCCUCCCUCUCAAACAUAACCGGAGCAUUCUCACGAAUCACAGGAACUGCAAACCAACCUCAAGAACAGGAAUUUGUAGCUCCACCCCCCGCUGGCAUCGAAACACUAAUUGCACAAGAAAACACGAAUGUGCAACCCGUGCCUUUAUUCCCAGCAACUUCGGUCAAUCCCGUGCCAAUUAAUCCAGCACCAUCUCAACCACCCGUCAACUCGGGCUCAAUAAACACUUUCCGCAGAGCAACCGGAUUAAAACGACCGACGUACGCUCAAAUUCCGAAUCUGGUUAGUUCGCAACCACCACCCCCACAACCACAAGCGUUCGCACCUCAACAAAAUUUACCACCACAACCGUACCAAGCCGCUCCGGCCCCUGUCAAUUUUUUCCAGCCGCCGCCUUCCGUUUCUCCGGCGAGUUCCACGCAUUCGAACCAAGACCCGGCGGUUCCAUAUCAAUUCAAACCUAUUGCACCCACGCCUAGCAUACCGUCUCCAAUCUCGCAGCCUUUGCCCACUCAAAGACUACCCACUUUGGGGCACUCACAGCUAACUCAGCCGUUUCCCAAUUCAGCUGCGUCCAUACCUUACAGUUUCUCAAGUCCUGUCAUGUCGGCUAUUCCAGCUAGUGAGGCUAUGCAGUCUAACUUAAACAUGGCGAGUUCCUCCGAUGGAUUAUCACAAAAUUCGGACACCUUUGCGUCCACCAGAAGCCAGAUCUAUAGACCAGUUUAUCAUCAUUGGUUCCACAAGAAGGAAGUGGAAGGCAAAGUCACGUGGAAACCCUUCUCAAUGGUCGACUCAUUGGCUUUAGAAAGCGCAUUUACUUCGAAUGAUUUAGACCCAGAGCAGUUUAUAGCAACGGACGGAGGAAGGUUUGACGUUAACAUACUCCGCAGACAAAGGACUCCCGUUUACUGGAAAGGAGAUCCGAAUGAAGUCCGAAGGUGUUCGUGGUUCCACAAAGGUCAAGUGGAUGGUAGGUAUAUACCUUAUGAAGAAAACGUGGCUGCCAGAUUGGAGGAGGAAUUUAAAUCGGCUUUUGAACAAAACCAAUGGCACCGACAAGUGGAGUUGGCAAAUGGGGAGAAGGUAAUCUUCCAUGCUCCCGAUGUUUUAGUUCUGUUUCCUCAGGCCCAAGCUACAGACGCUUGGGGGAACACUCAGAACCAAGCUAGAGCGAGACUUGUUAAACGUGGCAUGGAUGAGUUUGAUAUUGAUGAGGGUGAACCAGCUACCAUCGAUCAUCUUAUGUUUAUGGUACACGGCAUAGGCUCAGUUUGCGACUUGAAGUUUAGGUCUGUUGAGGAAGUUGUUGAUGAAUUUAGAAGCAUAGCUCUUCAAUUGGUACAAUCUCACUACAAAUCUUCAUGUGAUAAUGGUAUAACUCACAAAGUAGAAGUGUUACCAAUAAGUUGGCAUGACCAGUUGCACUCUGAAGAAACUGGAAUCGAUAAACAACUGAAAAGUAUAACACUAGAUAGCAUUCCAAGACUUAGAGAUUUCACAAAUGAUACGCUAUUAGAUAUUCUUUUCUAUACCAGCCCCAUAUAUUGUCAAACGAUCAUAUCAACAGUAGGCAACGAAUUAAAUAGAAUUUAUAAUUUAUUCAAAAUCAGAAACCCUACAUUUAAAGGCGGUGUUUCCCUUGGAGGACAUAGCUUAGGCUCGCUAAUCCUGUUUGAUUUAUUAGGUCAUCAGAAAACGCCAGAACCAGAAAUCGAAGAAGAACCUAAUGGAGAUGGUGAUGUUGUUCCACCUCUUCCAGGUAAACCCUCCCCAGACAAGCGUAAAAUGAGCAGAAGAAUCAGUUACAUGAUGGGCUCGAUAGGAACUGGGCAACCUCAAAUACAUUACCCUCAGUUGGACUUCCAUCCAAAAGCAUUUUUCGCCUUAGGAUCACCCAUUGGAAUGUUUGUAACUGUGAGAGGUUUGGACACCUUGGGCGACCAGUUUGCUUUACCUACGUGCCCCGCAUUCUUUAACAUAUUUCAUCCGUACGAUCCUGUAGCUUAUAGGGUAGAAUCUCUAGUUAAUCCGGACUUAUCAUCGCUGAAGCCGGUGCUUAUUCCCCAUCACAAAGGAAGGAAACGAAUGCACCUGGAGUUAAAAGAAACGAUGGCAAAAGUGGGGGCGGAUUUAAAACAAAAAGUUAUAGAAUCCAUGAAGAGCACAUGGAACUCAGUGUAUCAGCUGGCGAUGUUCCACAGAGCUGAUCAGCCGGCCUCACUGGAAGAAGAAGUGAACAAAGCCUUCCAAGAGCAAUUGACAGUUAAUGCGCCUGAAGUAGAAGAAGUGCCUCAAGAAACAACAGAGCUUCCUCUAGGACAAUUAAACAACGGACGUAGAAUCGAUUACGUACUCCAAGAAGCCCCGUUCGAGUUUAUCAACGAAUACAUAUUUGCCUUAACUUCUCACGUGUGUUACUGGGAAUCAGAAGACACAAUUCUUCUUAUGUUGAAGGAAAUUUACAAUUCCAUGGGUGUGACAACAGACAUUCAGAUACCUCAACAAACAAUGACGAUCGAAAGACCACCGUCUUCCCCGAGGUCAAGUCCGAGAGCUUCGAAACCCGCUACCAUGGGAAUGGAUCCAACCAUGCCAAUGCAGUCGAACAUGAACCUGGGACCGCCACCAAGUAGCGGAUUUUUGAGGAAAACAUAGUACAUGCUCUAUGAAUGGGUUUAUCGACCCGUAGCCUUAAGAUAUGCACCAUAUUUAUUAAACAUCAAUUCUACUUAUGUCAAUACUAAGAAGACAAGGCACCUGCAUUAAGACACAAAGCCUUUAAUUUGGGCUGUGACAUAGACUUGAUUAUGUAAAAUUUUUUAUAUAUAUUCGUUGUUUAUAUAUCGUAGUUUAUUUAUGAACAUAAGUGUUAUUAAAUUAUGCCUUUUUAGUGAAAAUUUUUUAUUACUUGUUUUGUUGAGUAAAUUUUAAAAUAAUA